CUGGGGGUGUGACACAGUAGCGAUCGUCUCUAUGCCGCCCCACUAAAUCUGCUUACUGACAUAAAAUUCUCUUAUGUGUUAGCAUUUAACGAAAGGCCAUUAAUAAGUCUAAUUUAAGUCCUCAGGUAGUUGAAGGAAAAAACUUUUGUCUGAAGUAAUUUUGAUAGCAUGGCUUACGGCUGUCCCCAUUUAUACAACUGGAUAUUUUGAUGGGAAUAUUAAGGUUAUGGAUCUUAGGAGAACAGAAACAAGUCCACUCUUGGGGCUUGGAUACUAUACAGCUUCCUGCCCUAAUUAAUACAGUACCUGACUCAGCCAUUGUUUAAACAAGUUAUAGGCAAUAUAUGCCGCACAAAUGCUACGGUCAAAUGCUUCAUUCUCUGGGGCAAAGACUGAUCUAUUAUUCUCCAAACUGCAGUUAUUGCUGGCUGCCAGCAGGGGGCACCAUCUUUUUUUCUAAUGCACUUUAACUCACCAUGCUUCUGUGGUUCUGUCUCCUUGGCAGCUCCAGCGUCUGAAGCGCUCGCUGUCCUUCAAGUCCAUCAUGCGCAGCAAGAGCGUCGAGAACUUCUUCCAGCGGUCCAACAGCGAUGCUCGGAUGCCGCCCGAUUUCUUCACCGAUCCCCCGCCCCCGUCCCCGCCACUUCUGUCGGGAUCCCCACUGGCCAGCGAUGGCUCGCCGUCCAUGUCCCCAUCCCUCAGCCCCAACCCUUCCCUGUCCUCUCAAUCCCCGUCUUUAAGCCACUCCCCCUCCGGGUCCUCCAGGCCCCCAGACCCGGCCCGACCGCCGCUGGUGCACUGCUUCCUGGAGCACGUGUUCCGACGGCCCACUUACUGCCAGCUCUGCAACAACAUGAUCGUGGGUAACUCGAAGCAGGGCCUCCGCUGUAAAGCUUGCAAAGUGGGCGCUCACCUGUGGUGCUCCUCUGAGCUCUCCCAGCAGCCCUGCAGCGGCAAGACCGGGGCCUUCAAACGGAACUUCAGCUCACCGUUGCUCAACAAUGACCAGCUACGCACCCUGAAGGAGGCCCCCUCUGCUCAGGAACAGGGGAAGGGCCGCGUAGACCCCGUGUACGAGACCCUGCGCUACGGGACCUCGCUGGCCCAGAUGAGCCGCUCCAGCUUCGGCAGCAUGUCCGAGUCGCCCACCUGCAGUAUUGACGAGGGGGGGGAGGAACGGGAGGAACGGGAGGAAGGUCAGCCCCCCCCGGAGGAGGGGAGUUCUCUAGAGAUGCCGGGUAAGACCCCACCUCUGGAAUCAGAAUCCUCCCCCCAGGAGAACGGGAAGGCAGAUCCGGAGGAUGGAGGUGGUCCAAAGGCUCCCAAGAUUCACUCCAUCCAUACUUACGUAGCGCUCUACAAGUUUCUGCCGCAGGAAAAGAAUGACUUGGAGCUCCACCCUGGCGAUCGAGUUCUGGUCAUGGACGACUCUAACGAAGAGUGGUGGAAGGGCAAGAGUGGAGACAGGGUGGGCUUCUUCCCAGCCAACUUUGUGCAGAGGGUCCGGCCGGGAGAGCGAGUGUUUAGGGUCACCCAGGGCAUCCAUGGAAACCGAGAAAUGGGCCAAAUGACCGUAAAGGAGUCUCAGGUAAGAGGAGACGCUGGCGGCAGUCAGCCAAUCAGAGGAGGCCUCUUCCGGGAACGCCUCAACCUCUCCGGCUCCCCACACCGCAUUGGACGAAAGCAUCCGCCAAAUGAAUGUAAAUGCAAAAUAGCACUUGCUUCAGUGGCGUGUGACUUCCUCUAAUCCCACCCUGUGUUCUUCCCCUUAAUGUUACACCCUUUAACAUUCCGAUCCUCUCACUGCCAUCUUAGACUUUCCUCCAUGACCAUAUUUGUUCAUCUCUGUAUUCCUUACUUACGUUUCUCCUCAUUCCAUCUAUGGCUUCAGAUCUGUGUGGGGAAGAUGGAGGACAACGAUGGCUUCCUGAAACUGAGCAGCGGGAAAAAGAGGGGCCUGGUGCCUUGCGAUUCCCUGGAGGAGAUAUGAGACGCGUGGGUCUUUCAUCUCCGGCACAGUCUACUUUAUCCAGCCUGUCCCCCUGUAACGCAAAAGCAAAACACGGGGCUGGGUCAGGACCGCAGGACAAAGGAUAUCGCUUCAAAACUCCUAAUAACCCAACACCCAUCAGGGGAAAACAGGAAAGAGGAGGAGGAGAUCCUCAAGGAAACUGACCAGGAAGUUAAAUUUCAGAAUGAUGUUCCUAUCUAACCCCCUCGGCCUGGCAAAAAUGAACAACAGAAAUCCAUUAACGUUACAAGACUGGCUCCAGGGAGAGACAGCACCAAGGCGGCUCGUGGAGCAUAUUGCCACAUCUUUCUUGUGGAAUCACAACGAGGCUGACCCAGCAGAUUGCAGCUUCCGAGCUAUAACUGAAUCUUCAGUGGUCAUCUGAACCAAUCGGGGAAUCAAAGGGAUCAACCGCUUGGUCCCCACGCCAAGACUCUUACAUUCUGGAGAGCGCUGGUGUGCAGACGUCUUCAUGCCAGAUCCCUUCUGUGGUAGAAUCACUUCUCUCCUGGAUGUCCAUGAGGUUGGGGCUAAAUCAGGGAGAAGGGAAUCACAUGACGGGACGCCUCUCGUGACCGUAUAUGGGGAUCUAGCUGGACAUUAUAUUUCAGAGGUCUUGCUUUGUGUAUAGCUUUCGUUAUUACAGGAUGUUCUGCUGGUCUAAGGUACACAGACACUCCUAGCAGAGUAACAUCUCAGGUCCGCUGUGGGAAGAUCUAUUAAGAGUAACGUUAAGGUGCCAGUGAAGGCUGUUCUUUUUUGUACAUUUAGCCACUUGAGUUUAAACUGGGUCCCUGAGCGGAGACCAUUUCCAGUCUAUUUUGGACCUGUAGCACCAGUUGCUAUUUCUGUUAAUCCGUUUUCUUCCGUUUUCCGCAAGAAGAAGGCCUGGAUCUUCACAGGACACAGUAAUUACAGGUGCACGCUGUUUUACUUACCCAUGUUUAAUUGACUACACACCAUUCUCAGAAACGUCCACACCUUUCAAUAUUACACAAUGCAAUUAAAAGCCUAAAGUCUCAGUUUCUGUUGGGAAAAUAACAUUUUUCUUUUUCAGGAGACUGGUAGCAGUCACGAUGCUAUCACCAGAUACGGACAGCAAAAAGAAACAUGACUAAGUUAUUUGCUGGAAUUUUCCUAUAAUGUUUUGCAGUGAACUGAUUCUGUAUAAACGAUUUCACUCAUAGGUCCCCCCAUAAGUGAAAAUCCUGAUAUUUUCUUGUCGAUGCUGCGCUACAAGAACAACAAACAAAAGCAACUGGGGAAGACGAAUGAAGUCCUUGAUCCCAGUCCAACUGGCAGGCGUGCAAACCGAUAAAUGCCAAAAGUCUGUUAUCUGAUUAGAGGGGAAUAAAAAUUAGAGGAACGAUAUACAGAUCAUGUUGUUUUUGUGCAGGAUAGAGGUACCGAUCAACGUAGGCGAGCAGAAAUGACUUUUGAGCUGUGUAAUGGGUAGACCCAUUUCCAGGGCAUGGACAUUUUGACCUGUGUAUUUUUUUCCUCUCCCUCUGCUUUAGGUGUCAGUGUCUUUGAGGAUGAGGUCAGGUCCCCUGCUUGUUUCAAAGUCAGAGUGGGGCAGGGGCCCUGAUAUUCCACAAGCUACCCUUUCAUUUGUAGCUCCUUGUGCCACCUUCCGAUCUACCCGACCUCAUUUUGUUGAGGUCAGGCUGCAAGUUAAGUCUCAGUCCCUUGUUGCUCCGCAAUGGCACCUCAUUCCGACCUUUUCUAGUUUCAAGCUCCCUGAAACGCUCCAGCUACCCUACAUGAACUAUCUUCUUUCCUGUUACUUCUUUCCAAAAUAAAAUUGUAUACCUUAGACUUUUUACAUUAGUAGUUGGAUUCUAACCGAAGCGAUUGAUAAGCACAUUCUUCAUGGUACACCAACGGCGCCGAUCUGGAUAUUAAAUACGCAGACAUACGCGGACAUACGCAGAAUUUUCCAGUUAACCAGCUGCUGUCUUUUGUGUAAAGUAACAGCUCGAGGGCUUCAGGAUCAGUGAGACGUUGGCCUUCACUGCACUGUACUGGCCUUGAAAACAAUUACUGAUUCUUAUUUAUGGAGGUGUGCAUUUAAGGAAAUACAUUCUAGCCACAGAAGGAAGAUCGCGAUAAUGUAGAUCUUCGAGGUACUUCAUUAGACACCUACCCAUCUACACUCCCAUCAUAAAAAUGUAGAAUAUUUAGAUAAAUUACUAAACUAUUUAGGUACUUGUUCAGCUUCUGCUACAAGCUGUUUCACACUUCUCAAUUAUAUCCUCACCAUUUUUCAAGACAUGACUUUGUCUCCAUGUUUUGCUAAUGUAAAAUAAGAUAUAGUUUUACUUUCACCAUGGUCGGCUAAGGGUUCAUCGGCAGAUAUGUGAAAUACAAGAGAUGACCUUUAGAUCAAGGGGAAAAAAAAAUUGUCCAUUAAUUUUUUGCCUAUAUUAAAAAUGAAAUAACUUGACAAUAAAGGAAUCAUGAGUCUAAAUCUCCCUCAAUCCUGGAAUCACAGAUCAUUAAUCGGCUUAGCAAAUGGCUACAGUCAAGCAGUGGGUGGUCACAGGCUACGUGUUCCCUCCUCGCUGCUGACUGUGAACUUAAUUCAUGUAGACGGUCUGUAAUAUCCACCAUUGUCGGAGGUGUGUUCUACACAAGGAACCAUUUUAUGCAUCACUCCAAUAAAGUUUCAGAAGAUUAA